GAUUACCGGCCAUGGGCACAACACAGUUCAUUCACAAAGCCUACUGACACAACAGAUAUUUUUUGGAUUACAAUUAUUGCCAGUUAGGUGAAGCUUAUGCUUGGGGGAUGGGUGGAAAUGGUGAACUUGGUACUGGAUCUGAUGAUGAUGUUCUAGCACCAGUUCAAGUAACUGGGAAGCAUAUCAAUGGUAAAAAAGUCCUGCAGUUAGUGGUGGUGGAAAACAUACAAUUUUCCUUACUAAAUAAUAUAUUUAAGAACUUCGCCAAUUUUAAUUAGUAAUUACAACAUUACUUGGUUCUACAGGCCAAGUUUAUUAUUUUUUAAUAAAUCAAUAAUAUUGUAGUU